AUGUUUUAUUACCCCGCGGUGUUGAGGCAUCACUCAGGAUGUUUCUCUACCAUCUGGCUGGUGGCCACAAAAGCCAUCAAACCUUCUCGCAGAGAAUAUCUGGCGGUCAACGUUGUGAGCACCUGCAACGACAUCAUGGACUACAUUCUGGAGAGGGUUCCUCCUCCUCAGCCCGGCCUGCCUCGGCCUCGUUUCUCCCUCUACCUGUCCUCCCAGCUGCAGUACGGAGUCGUCCUGGUCUUCCACCGGCAGUGUGACCUCCUGCUCAAGGAGGUUCAGACCGUCGUAACUCAGCUGGCCAAGCAGAAGACGCGUCAGAAGCUGGAUCUGGACGACCACGGCAGGAAGCGUCUGGUUCUUCCUGACGCCUUGUCGCUGCUGCAGGAGGCUGAAGGAGCUCCGGAUCCUCUGUUUGGAGACAUGGAGCUGCAGGAGACGCUGCCGAGUCUGGAGUCGCUCAUACAGGCAGCUGAAGAGUUUCUGAGGGAAUCUGAACGUCCAGAAGCCAGAAGUCUUGCUGCUGCUGCUCAGGACGGAAUCACAGCGUGUCCAGAGUCCAUCACUCUGAAGGAAUAUCCGCCGUUUUUCAGCCCGACUGCAGAGUUUGAAGGUGUGGACUUCGUCGGAGAUGAGCAGAGAACCAUCGACCUCCUCAUGGACCAGCAGGAUCACUUCCCAGAAGAAGCAGAUCUGGAAGCAGAGCUGAAGAGAGGAGGAGAUGAAGAGAAACCGGAGGAGCCGACGGGAUUCAUCUCAGAAUUCCAGCCGACCACUGCUAAAGACCAGCUGCUGCUGGAGGCCACAGACCAACCUGCUGAGGAACCUGUUGAGGAACCUGCUGAGGAACCUGCUGAGGAACCAGGUCCAUCCACUGAGGAACCUGGUCCAUCCACUGAGGAACCAGUCCUGCCCACUAAGGAGCCUGCAGAGGAACCAAUUCCAUCCACAGAGGAACCUGGACCUCCAUCAGACCAGCUGACUCCGGUCUCGGUGCCUGACAUCCCAUCUCCUCCGUCUGCUGCAGAAGCUGGUCGAGGACGACCCGACUCAGAGCUUCGCAGUUCUGCAUCGGCAGGAAGUUCUGUAUAUCUCAGCUUCUUGCGCUCAGAGGCCUCCUCUACUGACAACUCCCAGGACACUGUGAGCUCCAUGAUGUGUAACAGCCUUGAGGAGGCUGGUCUUAGGGUUAUGGUUAGGCCCACCAAGAUGUGUCUGAGUGGAGGUGGAGUCAGUGAGCAUGUCGGGUCUUCACCGUCCCAGUGGUUGAGGUUCUUGGGUGAUGGUCGUCCACUGCCCUUGCUUCGCCUGCGUCAUGGCUUUUGCUCACCUGUCUGCUUCCUCUUGCCGUCGUACUUCCUGCACCACCAGGUCGUGUCUUUGGGAUGGAGUGGCCUUGUUCCUGGCUGGGCUGCUGGUCCCAAGGCCAAGACAACCUCUUCCCUGCUGGCCUACAUGUCCCCAUAUCUGAGUGCUGCCUUUGCCUGCUCUGUUGCCCCUGAUGGGAUCCACCUCCCCCCAGUUGCCAGCUUUGGGGCAGGAGCUGGAGAUGGCUUCCUCAGCAGUGGGACAGUGCAGGCCUUGGUUGGGGAGGAGGUGAGGACCAGGAGGAGGAGGAAGCUGACCUUCUUCGAUGCAGAGACUCAGCUUCCUGAAGAGGAGCAGCAGCAGCAGAUCAGUAACCCCCUGGUCCACACCAGACCUCCAGUCCUGGUUCCUGGUCCAGACCAGAGGAUCAGAGGGGCAGCUGACCUGCUGGGAAGGCCCUGUAGCUUCCUGCCUCCACAGAUCCAGCUACUAUGGCAACAGGCUGCCGUUAUCACGCCGAUUUCAGGUUCGGACCUGCGGGUCAGAGAGCAAGGACCCGAGUCCACCACUGAGUCCGAGAAGGAGCGAGAGCCGGAGAUGAUGAAGGUCCCCAUAGAGGAGGAGCAACCAGAGGGGAUGGAUAUCUCAGCUCCGGGUUCUCUGCCGCUGGAGGCCUCCGACCAACGAGAAGCUUCCAGAGAGAUCUCACCCAUCCAGAUGUCUGAGAGAGAAGGGCCCAUCGUGUCCAGAUCUGUUUCUGCUCUUCAGGACAUCCCAGAGGACAUCCCAGAGGACAUCCCAGAGGUGGUGGACGAAGUGCCAGAAGCAGCGGAGUCUCCUGGCUUGUUUCCAGAGUUUCCUGAACACGGCGUGGAGCCCGUCUUCUUCAGCUCCCUUCUGCCACCAAAUGUCUGCCGCAAAACCGUCAGCGGCGCCUUCUACCGGCUGCUGGGGACUUUGUCUGCUGGGAGACUCCGAGCUGAGCAGGACGAGGCCUACGGAGACAUCCUGAUUCUACCUGGAUCCCAACAGAACACCUGAGUUUGUAACGAGGACAUUAGAGCCUCCAGUUCUGUCUUCAGUUCAGUCCUGUCAACCAGAAAAGGUCCAGAUGUUCCCAGGUUUGUUUGGGAUGAUUUCAACCACUUUAUGUGCAGUUUUUGGAUCAACUUUUUGAGAUUUUGACUGUUUUUCCUGUUAUUGUUUUCCUAAACUGAAAGAAACUCAGUAACCUCCUUUGGUGUUUGAAGCAGAAUAAAAGCAUUUUUACGUUGUUCUGGGACAGUUUUUGUCUCAUUUAGGGCCAGUUUCAAGACUUCCUGGACGGUUUUUAACUCAUUUUGGACUCAUUUUGAAUCAAUCUGGACCAGUUUGAGUAAUUUCGCCAGGUUUGUUGACCAGUUUGGGAUGAUUUAAAUCAUUUUAUGUGCAGUUUUUAUAUCAACUUUUUGAGAUUUUUACUGUAAUUUUUAUCCUAAACUAAGAGAAACUAAGCAUGUGUUGGUGUUUGAAGCAGAGCUGAAGCUCUGUCGGGUGUUUUUGAGUGUCUCCAGGUAUUUGCGGCGUGCACGGCCGGACAGGUGUGCACUAACAUGGCACUGCACUAACGUAGCGCUGCAGAGAGG